GGGGGAGCUUCGCUGAGCGGCAGCUUCGGCUCGACAUGGGCAACGAGAACAGCUUGGAGACCGGCGAGCUGGAGCCCAUCUCCGCGCCGGCUGCAACGCCACUGAAAACGGCCGCGGCCCCGAAUGGAGCGCCCGGGGGACGGGUAGCGGCAGCCGGCAGUGCAAGACCAUACCAGAGGGAUCACCUCGGUCAGCCUGACACUAAGAUUGUGACGCUCGGACAGACUACUCCCAGCAAUGAAAGUGCAAGAAGAAUGCAGAGUCAAGGUAGCUCUACACAGCAGAACUUGCAACAAGAACAGAGGCGGACUCUCCAAGUUGACACAAGUACAAAAAAAGGAGAAAGGUUCCAUUCUACUUCCCCAGAUAGAAGCAGUGCUCCAACAUCUCCUUAUUCAGUACCACAGAUAGCUCCAUUACCCAGCAGUACUCUAUGUCCUAUUUGUGCAACUACAGAGCUGAACUCCUCUCCAAAACAGCCAAACUUCAACACCUGUACUCAAUGUCAAUCAGUAGUGUGCAAGCAGUGUGGAUUUAACCCUAAUCCUCACAUUACAGAGGUAGAAGAAUGGUUAUGCUUAAACUGUCAGAUGCAGAGAGCUCUGGGAAUGGACAUGACUACUGCACCACGCUCCAAAAGUCAGCAGCAGCUACACUCCCCAUCACACCAGGCCCAAGCAGAACCACAAGCAAAACCGCAGCAACAGCCUCAAGCAGAUCCUGUCCCCCAACAGGGGAGGACUACACCAAUAAAAAGGGAACUUCCUAAAGUGCCAUCUGGUGCACAAAAUAAACCUGAGACUAAGAUGCAACCCAGUGAACGUGAGCAGCAGGGGCGAACAGCUAAUCAAUCCCAAUCGCAGCCUGUUGUACAACCGCAGUUGGUUGCCCAACCUGAGGCAACCAGGCCAAUUGGUCAGAGCCAACAAACCAGGCCUUCCCCUGCAGAACAAAAGCGGACGGCAGAUGGUUCACCAGCGAGAACUCAAGCAGGUCCCUCCAACAUACCCCAAGAUCAGGAAGGCAUUACUGGUAAACUCUUUGGGUUUGGAACUUCCCUUUUGAAUCAGGCCACCAGCCUUAUUUCCACUCAGCCAGAACAGACAUCACAAAGUCAGCAAUCACCUGCAAAAGGGUCUGCAGCUAAACAGGCCCCCAAAAUAGUUUUCAGUGAUCAAAGCACAGAAUUGAGCUCGAAAUUGCAAGGGUCAACAGCGGGAUUGCUAGUUAAAACUGAGGGUGCCUCUGCACUUAAACAAGGAAAACCAGAGCCAGUCAUUCAACAAAAAGAAGCCACCAAACCCAAAGUAUUAUGCCCUCUAUGUAAAACCGAACUGAAUGUGGGAUCAAGUCAGCCUCCCAACUUCAACAUCUGCACUGAAUGCAAAGUCCAAGUGUGUAACAUGUGUGGCUUCAAUCCAACGCCACAUCUGGUAGAGAAAAAAGAAUGGCUUUGCCUGAACUGUCAGACCCAACGACUGAUGUCUGGAAAUUUGGGAGAUGCACCACUUCCUGUCUCACCAUCUGCAUCAAAGCAACAGCCAACGAUGUCACCACACCAUCAUGGGCAAACAGGUGCCACUGUGCAACAAAGGAAAGGGGUUAGCCAACAGCAAGCUGGCCCUGUCCAGCAACAAAAGGUCCCUUUAGCACCAGAUCAGCAAUUCUCUCAACAAAAAGAACCACCAGCUCCUAAACCAGGACAGCCUAUGCCAACAAAGCAACAAGGCCCAUUGAAUGGUGAUAAGCUGCAUCCUCAGCAAACACAUCCUGGGCAAAGCGAGGCCCAACAGCUGCCCCAGAAUGCAAUCCAAAACAGAUCACAGUCAGCAAAAGAGAAGUCAAAACCUGCAGUGCAGAGCGCCACAGUACCUGUACCAUCAAAAGCAAUCAGCGCAGGCAAAAAAGUUGACUCUUCUUCAAAGGAGACGUCCCAAGCUGUUGAACUACAGAAAGCAAAAAUUCAAGAGUUCCAAAUGCUUGAUGAUACAUACAGAGAAUCUAUAACUCCUGCAGAAGAGAACUCGGUGGGAGAACCAGCUGGUCUACGAUGCUUCAAGACUAUUGACUUGAACACCACAAAUACCUAUGCCAACAGAGGGGUCAAAGAAUUGGGUAAAGGCUAUCCUCAGGAGCUCUCACGCAGCCCACAAAGUUUAAGCGAUACAGGCUACUCGUCUGAUGGCAUAUCUAGCUCACAGAGUGAGAUUACAACUAUGCUGCACCAAGAGGGACAAAAGUUUAAUGAGUCUGGUCUACUGCAACAGAGUCCAAAGAGCCCUUCAGAGUUUACAAAGUUGGAGAGCACUGUACGGCCAUUGCUGGAAUCCCAAAGUGUUCAAGAUGAGGCUAAAAGAGGAAGGACUGCUCAGAAUUUAAGUGAAGAACAGAGACAGCGGCAUAGGCCACGUUCACUUUCGAUUACGCCGGAGUCUUAUAGUUCAGAUGAAGAGCUUGAAGAUAUACAAGAGGAGGAUGAAGAUACUUUUGAAUUGGAGAAUCAAAGUGAACGAAGAGAAAGCCUAGAGUCUUUGGAUGAAUUUGGCAGGAAACUGCAGCAUGACUACGUUGAAGACAGUAAUAAAAGUGCAAUAUCACCUCGCCAUGCUAAGAACACACAUGCGGGUGCAGAAUUAACAGAUGAAGAAUUUAUGCGAAGGCAACUGUUGGAAAUGAGUGCAGAAGAGGAUAACAUCUCUGUGGAAGAUGAGGACUUGAAUAGUCAUGCUAAACGUACUAGUAUCAAGAAGGGUCAGAAACAUAAUUCAGAGUCCAACAGACAAAGCCCUUCGAAACAACAUCUGGAUCCUAAUACAAUUAGCAACUAUGAAGACACUACACUGGAAAAUUAUGGACAGGAAGAAAGCCAAUCAUGGCAAGAACAGAAGGAACGUGAUGGUACUUACAGAGAAUCUAUAACUCCUGCAGAAGAGGACUCGGUGGGAGAACCAGCUGGUCUACGACGCUUCAAGACUAUUGACUUGAACACCACAAAUACCUAUGCCAACAGAGGGGUCGAAGUUUGUCAUGAAACAGAUCUCAAUAUUGACAGAGAACCUGAACUUGAGAUGGAAAGUUUGACAGGGUCACCAGAUGAAAAAUCAAAAGGUGAAUACUCAUCUACGUUGCCACCCUCAACACCUACUUUUUCAUCAGGCACAUCACCGACUUCUGUUUCUUCAUUGGAAGAAGACAGUGACAGUAGUCCAAGUCGAAGGCAUAGACUGGAAGAAGUUAAACAGCAGAGAAAGGCUAGGCAUCGUUCACAUGGUCCUCUGUUGCCAACUAUUGAGGACUCUUCUGAGGAAGAGGAGCUACGAGAAGAAGAAGAGCUUCUUCGAGAGCAGGAGAAAAUGCGCGAGGUUGAACAGCAUCGUAUUCGAAGCACAGCACGUAAAGCAAAAAGAGACAAAGAAGAGUUAAGAGCACAGAGAAGACGUGAAAGAUCCAAAACACCACCAAGCAAUCUUUCUCCCAUCGAGGAUGCUUCUCCCACAGAGGAGUUGAGACAAGCUGCAGAAAUGGAAGAACUCCAUCGAUCGUCCUGCUCUGAGUAUUCGCCAACAAUGGAUUCUGAAGCUGAAGGAUUUGAAAUAACCACCUGUAGAUUGUACAAAUCAGGCAGUGAAUACAACCUCCCGUCAUUCAUGUCCUUGUAUUCUCCGACUGAAAAAUCAACUAAUUCUUCGAUGAAUCAAAAACCAUUGAAGAGUGCAGAAGAAGCUUAUGAGGAAAUGAUGAGGAAAGCUGAAAUGCUAAAGACACAGCUGCCCUCACAGAAUAUGUCUUAUGGCAGUGCUUACCAGCAAGAUGAUUACAUGCAGAAUAAUUAUAAAUACCAGUCUUCAGAUGCCUACAGUUACUCAAACAAUGAAGUAGCAUUAUCUCAGACAAGCUUACAAAAUGAGCUGCAGAAAUCAGAAGCAUAUGAAAGCACAGUGGAGACUGCUGCACGCACUCCCAAAUUGUCCCGCUCACCAUCCCUUGAGCUCCGCCUGCAACAACAAAACGCCCAAUUACAAAAUCUUGAGAGGUCUUUUCAGGAAAAGAGGCUUCUUGAUGCACAAAGUGCUUAUACAGAACUAGCAAGGCAAACUGAUGCACUUCUUACACCUGGAACAAGCCCCACCCAGUCAUCUGCACCAAUGUCUUUCAUUUCAACUCAUGCUAAUAGAGGCAUCCCUGAUGUUAGGGUGACCCAGUAUUUCACUAGAGAUGUGCAGGACCAAAGCCAGACUGCAACACCUAUUGGAACAAAGGUUGACACCUCACAUAUUGUUACAGCCUCUUACACAACGUACAACAAAAGAUCAGCUGUGACUGUGGCCACUGCAAUAGCAAGUCAAUCCUCUAUUUCUGCAGGAUCUAGUCCCAUUGAUCGAAGUAUGGGAUACAUUCAAGCAAGGCCCUCAGAGCCUGGAAGCUCAUACAGCUCUCAAAAUAAUAUCUCUGGGAGCAAGAAAUUCAGUGAAUCCUAUGGAGCAUCAAACCUCGAUGGAGCAUCCACACAAACGUCUGGAAGCUUUUUCAAAAAUUCCAGCCCUGAGGAGCCUCUUUCUCCAGCUUCACAGAGAGCGGUUUCCAGAAUGAACAUGUCAACAAGUCCUAUGUCCAGUGGCAAAUCCACUACCGAAUUUUCAACACAGACUUCUAAUACCAGGGUUAUCUCGCCUUCCAAUGUGACCAUGACCUCAUCACCCUCCACAAUGACGGCUCAAGGUACUCAGACUUCAAUGAGAUCACCUCGCCUCACCAGGCAAGUAUCUUCUCCCGACUCCACAUUCAUGGUCAUUACUUUGGCGUCAAAUAUUUCAACCUCAGCCCAGCCUUUGGCAGUCAAUUCAUCUGCAUCACCAAACACUUCACCAACUCGGUUGAAUCGACAGCAGACCUUGCAUGGUUGGACUCAGCCAGUGACUGCUGCAUCACAACAGCAGAUGCAGCUACAAUCUGUGUACGCCAAGACUUCAUCACAGACCGAUAGAAUAUCUAUGAUUCAACCAACACAGAGAGGACAGAUAUCUUCAACAGUUGUCACAACUUCUGCUGUGCUUGGUCAGGGUGUGGCUCCUCUAGACAAUACAUCUUUAAACAAAGCAUCAUUGAUAUACCAAAAUUCAAAUCUAAACUCAAUGGAAAUUUCAAGGACGUGCAGCUCUAUAGUAGAUCUCCGAACAGUUACUAAAUCACCUCCUGUAAUCAUAACAGACCAUGGAAUGGAUUUGACAUCUUUAGCUACGGAAAGUAAAAAAUAUUCGCUUGAAUCAGACCAGACUCCUUGUCGUCAGUCCACUGCUGUGCAGCCAUUAAUCAUGAAUCUUAAUGUGCAGGAACAUCCACACGUAAAUAUAGCUCCUACUACAACUGUGGGCAUAACAAUAACAUCAUCUAUGUUAAUUUCCCAGGCCAAAGUACCAAAGAUAUAUGGAGAUCCUUUCCAGAAUCUUAUGGACCUUGGUCAUGGCACAGCAACAGCAAUCUGUCUCACACAAACAAAACAGCUUGAAUCAAUGGUCCAACCCCCUACUGUAACAGAAAGUGGAAACAAUAUUGGUAUAGCAGCAAUCACAACAAAAUCAGGCUUUACUGGUCAAUUCCAACCGCAUUUUGCUAGAUUUAACUUAGCGAACCAAAUGACUCCAGGGCGUAAAGUGGACAUUUUAGUCAAUCAGACCAACCUCAAUAAUGCCAUUAAUGUCAGUGCCAUUCCUAGGUCAGUACCUCAAGACAGUGGCUUUAUCACCUCACAGGUAGACAAAGAAGCAUCACUGGAAUUAAAGCCAUCUGCUCCUCCAACAAGCAUGCUUGGAGUGAAAGCACACAAUGUAAUGGUGCAACUAGAUAAAACAGCAGCUGGCACAGUUACAAAGCUGAUAAAACAAGAUCCUCCUCCAAAUGCUUUGGAUUUGACAGGAGCAAAACCAGAAAGGGCUGUUUGUUGUGAUGUUGUGUAUAAAUUCCCUUUUGCUGGUAGCUGCACGGGAUCAUUUAAUCCUGGCACCCAAGUCCCAGAUCAAGUAAUGACUGAUCCACGGCAGAGUGACAGGAAUAGUGCUCAGAAGUACUAUGACAACAGAACUCAGGAACCUGUUGACAGGUACCAAUAUAAAGAGUCAAUAGCUACUUACAAGGAUGGUUCUAAUUUGUAUGAAGAGCAUAAAACAUUCCCUCAGGUAUUUUCUGGGCGGCUACAUUCAUCUAUGUCAGACUCCAAUUUGUUAGAAGCUAGUAUUAAUUACAGUUUAAUGAAGGAUGAACCUCUUUAUCACCCACCUGGAGGAGAUGCAGCUGUGGAUCUGAGUACAAUGAGACAUUCAUACAGUUUAGCUUACAAUCAGGGGAGGGACUGGGGACUUGGAAUGCAGUAUGGUUCCUUCACUGAUUUGAGACAACAGUCAGAUAUCCUCAGCCAACCCACACCAAUGAGAAGAUAUAGUUCAAUGUCUAAUAUUCAUUCUGAUUAUGCAUACUCCAUGCGAGAGGAUCUGCCAAAUUUUCAGGAGGCUAGUUUGGCCCACUAUAGUGCAACAACUGCUCGAGAAAUCAGCAGGAUGUGUGCAGCCCUAAAUUCCAUGGAUCAUUACGGAAACCGAUAUGCAAAUAGUUCAGAUUCCCUGCAAUAUGGACCAGCUGGGCCAAAUGCACACUGCAGUGGACUUGCAAGAAACAGUGUAAUGUCAAACCAACAAGGACUGACACCCAUAAAACAAGAUAUGAUAUAUCAUCCAACCUUAUCUGACUCUCGGCGUCGUAUUGCAGUGCAUGGCUUCGGCAAUAUGCCACAAGCUGUACGCAUGAGAGCCAUAAGGAAUAUGUAUCCUCCAGCUGCUCCUGUGAGAGCACCUGAUGGCAUGAUUUACUCUACAAUCAACACCCCAAUUGCUUCCACUCUCCCUAUUACGACGCAGCCAGCUUCCAUCUUGCGUCCAAUGUUGAGAGGUGUUUACAGACCCUACCUGCCUGGCAGUGUCACAGCUGUGCCAUUGGCCAGGUUGGCCAGACUUCCUCUAGUUGCACCGAGGAUGGCUGCUUUAGCUCCUGGGCUGUACCGUUACCUGCCGCCACACAGAUUUACAGCUGUUCCUGCAUCUUCCGCGGGGGAAGCACCUAUAUACCUAGGAAAGCCCGGAACAGCACCCCAACUGCAGCAACAAAAGCAACAGGAAGCCCAGCAAAGUGAUGCUGUAAGGACUGGUGCCAGUAGAAGAAAGCAGGAAGAAAAAGAAGAGGAACAUCAGCGAAAGCAACAAGAUCAUAUUCUGCUUAUUGAGCGGGAACGCGUGGAGCUGGAAAAGCUGAGGCACCAACGCCUGCAGGAAGAACUGGAGCGCCAACGCCUGGAGCUGCAGCGCCAUCGGGAGAGUGAGCAAAUCAUAGUGCAACGUGAGCUUCAGGAGCUGCAGACCAUCAAGCAGCAGGUUUUACAUCAACAGCAGGAAGAGAGACAGGCCCAGCUUGUGUUACAGCGAGAGCAGUUGGCGCAGCAGAGGCUGCAACUGGAGCAGAUUCAACAGCUGCAACAGCAACUGCACCAGCAGCUAGAAGAGCAGAAAGUCCGAAAUACUGUAAGUUUCCCUGCGGUUUGUGAUCCUUCUGGUAGGAUCAAUCCACACACUAUGUCAGAGAUGGCAAUUGAGAUGCAAAGAACUAUAGCUCAGAAUGGGCAGUACUGGCCUGUGAACCAGCCAUACAUAGAAGGUGCCCCUACUGUCACCACUGCUCAAGAAACAUAUUUAUCUCCACAUCACAGGGGAUUUAUAGAAGCACCGCAACGAUCUAAUUCUGAACUGUCUCUUCGAACUGAUGAGCACUGGGAAAAUAGGGUCAUUAAGAAGCGAAACUCUGUGCCUAGGCUAAGGGAUGCUUAUGAGGGAGAUGAUACAUCAUUACGUGAUCAAUAUGUGGUUAAGAAAAUAGCAGACUGUAGUGUACAGACUGAUGACGAGGAAGGUGAAGAAUGCUACUACAUGUCUCGUCGGAGAAGAACAAAGCGAAGUGUGGAUUGCAGUGUACAAACAGAUGAUGAAGACAAUGGAGAAUUGGAGCAGCCUACUCGUAGACGCCGCUCCAGGUUUUCAAAGCACUCAGAUUCAAGCACAGAACACAAACGAGAAGUGUCAAAGGGGACCACCAGUAUUGCCAUACAAACAGUCAAUGAUUGCUCUGUACAGACAGAUCCAAAUGAGCUAGGGCCAGUAUCCCCUGCCAUCCAUAUUACACCUGACCCACGAGUGGAAAUUGUAAGAUACAUAUCUGCUCCUGAGAAAACUUACAAAGGAGAGAGCCUUGCUUGCCAGACAGAACAAGAAGGACAGUCACAAGGCAUUGUUGUUCCUCAGUUUGCAAUUCCAACCACCAUUAAUCCCUACUCCACUAACAUACAGAUUGUAACAUCGGGUCCACUGGAUCAAACCAAUAACAGACAGCAAGGAAUUAUGAUUGUCCCAAAAGUUGAAAAAAAGAAACCAGAUCCUUUGGAAAUAGGAUAUCAGUGCCACCUCCCACCUGAGCCUUUGCCUCAAAUGAUUCGCCCGCCUCCUAAGUCUCCACAGGUUCUAUACUCUCCUGUCUCACCACUCUCCCCACAUCGGCUUUUAGACUCAUCUUUCACUUCAUGUGAGAAGUUAAACAAAGCCCACGUUACUCCGCAAAAACAUUUCACCACUGAGUCACCUAAACGGCAGCAAAGUUUGCCUCGGCCAAUCAAAGUGAUGCAGCGCUCCAUGUCUGACCCUAAGCCUGUCAGCCCGACCUCAGAAGAUUCUGGAAAAUCUAGAUUUUUCGCUCAUCAUCAUCAACAGAGCCUGCAUGGCAGUCAGAUUGGAAAUUGGCAGCAGAGCACGAUGAAGAAAGUGAAGAGAACCCUGCCAAGUCCACCACCUGAAGAAAUAAUACAUGGUAGUGCGCCAAUUCAUCCACAGCUAUUUGGAACCUCCCUGCCUCGUAAACGGGGAACCCUGCCUGACCAGAUCACUCGUGAUAAACUCCUUAAGGAUAUCAGCCAUGAGCUGGAGAAAGUAGAGCAAGAAUCAAACAAACUCCAGAAGAAACAGGCAGAGCUUGAUGAAGAAGAAAAGGAAAUUGAUGCAAAGCUGCGUUACAUAGAACUAGGAAUCAAUCGUAGAAAGGAAACCUUUGUCAAAGAUCCAACAAAGCGAGAUGGGGGUUAUGUGCGGGGCUUGGGAGAAGACCGGGACUAUAUGUCAGACAGUGAGGUCAAUAACAUCCGAAUAUCUUCGUACAACAGCAACAAUGUCUUAGCUAGGCCACAUACUGCUCCAGUUAAUCAGUAUUCUGAAUUCUCAAUGACACAGCAUACAACCACAUCAUCACAGUAUCCUCCAUCACAGACCACUCCUCAAGGUUUGACGAAUUACCAACCUGCAGGUUAUCAGCCACCCCACUACCCAGUUCCAAACGGUUACCAGUCACAAAAUAAUUUUCAGCCUCAUUCUGCCCUGCAUUCUCAAAACACUUAUCAGCCACAUGCAUAUCCACAGAACACAAAUUACCAGAGUGACAAUAGUUUACAAAAUGCAACUGGAUUCCAACCACCUAACCAAUACCAUGCUCCUACAACCUAUCCAAAUCAGGCUUCCUUCCAGUCUGGUCAUAAUGUUCAGUAUCAACAACAGGCAAAUAUCCCGGCACAACAUCAGAAACCAAGGCAGACAUCAUUAGCAGAUCUUGAACAGAAAAUACCCACCAAUUAUGAAGUAAUUGGUAAUCCAAAUGCAAUUAUUUCUGCAACUCCAACUGAGAAAGUUUACACAACCACAACAAUGAGUAACAACUAUGAUCAGUACAAGAAUGCAGAGAUGAGAGUUGCUGAUAGUGGAAAUGCAAUAGAAAGUCCUUCAACUAACUAUUCAGCUGACUCUCUGUAUGCAAGCUUAGAGCACAAUGUUUCUCGCAAUUAUGUCAUGAUUGAUGAUAUCAGUGAAUUGACCAAAGAGAAUACCUCAGCAACAGAAAGCCAGAAAGUAGAGCAAACCCCUCAACAUAGUAAUUCAAGGCAUUCAAAGGAAAAGAAUGACUUCUCAGAGACAACGAACUCUAACAGAACCCAUGCUUACAAUAAAGCUGAUGAUGAAUCAGAGGAAGAUAUGUAUGACCUCCAGGUAUCAGACCAUCGAGGGAAGAAUGGAUACCAAAGGAAUUUAGAUAGCCAUAGCAGAAUAUCAAACUCCUCAAGUGGAUCUUCAUAUUACUAUGCAGAUAACAAUCAGAGACAUUCCUCCCGCACAGACAAGCACAACUCUCCUUAUGGGUCUCAAAAGCAUUCAUCAAAACAACUGGCUCCUGCUGUAAUAUCUGCCAAGCGCAGCAAACACAGAAAGCAAAACAUCGAACAGAAAAUCUCCAAAUUUUCACCUAUAGAAGAAGCCAAAGAUGUGGAAUCUGAUUUUGCUUCAUAUACUGUCACAACUUCAUCUUCAGGAAACAAUGUGAUCCUUAGGGCACAGAAACUUCAGGAUGAGAUAACAUACGGUCUCAAGAAAAAUAUUUAUGACCAGCAGAGAUAUUCUGGUCAUGGUAGUAGAGAAGCAAUGGAAGAUUCUGAGAGAGGGUACAGCAAUGGCAGCAGAUCAAGGUCCUCCUCAAUGCAUGGAAUGGAAAAAUCAGGGAAAGAAGCAGCCAGUCCAAGAAGUAAAUCUUAUGAAAGAGACACCAUGGAGAGGUCUCAAAAGAUGGGAUUGGGCCAUAGUCGAGGGCGUGCUCCAAUGAGGGCACAGGCCUCUGAAGAGGAAAGCCCUUUGAGUCCUAUGGGAAACCAGAUGCAUGUGGCACGGGCCACUAGAGAACCACUCCCACCAAAUGUUGUGGACAGCAGAUCUCAAUUUGGUUCCAGCCACUCCCUGCCUGAUGUUCAGGAUGUCAAAGAGACAUCACGUAGUCAUACAUACAGAGAGGAUGAUGGUUAUGUCAUGGAUGAUAUGCACUGUGCUGUGUCUGACAGUGAAGCCUACCACUUGGGCCAAGAGGAGACAGACUGGUUUGAAAAACCAAGGGAGCGUUCCAGACAUUAUAGUGGUCAAUCUUCAUCACAGAGACGCAGUCACCGAAACCACUCGCGCCACAACUAUGACGAAGCACCAGAUGAUUCAUGGCAGCCGGCAGAGCGCUCACAGUCACGAUAUUCCUCAAAGGAUCAUCAGAAACAGCCUGCAUACCAGUAUGGAGAGCCUGGCCGACACUCUUCACGCCAUGCUGCUGAGGAGCCUUCCCGGAAGUCAUCAAGGCAGCAUCCAAAAGAACAGCAUCGCCAAGAAUCCCGGCAAUAUUCUCAGCAGCCUUCACAAAGAAGAAGCCAACAAACCGAGCAGAGAUCUCAACGAGAUCCUCACUUGGGUUCUGCUGAGUGGACCCAGCCUCGAUCAUCAUCCGGGCAUCACCCGGAUGCUGAGCUACCACGAUCACAGAAACACUCGCAGCAGCAGCAGCAGCAACAACAACAACAGGCAGCUAGAAAACAAUCAGAACCACUGCCUCCGCAGCAGCAAGUUCGGUCACAGCACAAUCAACCACCACCAUCGCGGCAGAGUCAUUCACAGCAGCAGGUACGACAGUCACCAUCUCAGCAAGUGCGGCAGCCAUCAUCGCAAGCGCAGCAACGAGCACCACCCCUGCAGCAGCAGCAACCACGCCAACCUCAACCACAGCAACAGGCACGGCCACCACAGCAGCAACAAGCACGGCCACAACAACAGCAACAGCAGCAGCCAGGGCCGACCCAGCAGCAGCAGCAGCAACAGGCACAGCAACCGCAACAACAGCAGCCGCAGCAACAGCAGCCACGGCAACCACGGCAGCAGACUCUUCAGCAACCUGCAGCCCAGUCCAAGCCCCAGCCCCAGCCCCAGGCACAACCGCCACAAACCAGGCCUACCACCAGCAUGGUAAUGUUUUCAUGGUUCUAA